ACAAGAUUUUUUAUUGUACUCGUCCUUUUUUGGUGUAAACAGCGAACAUUCAGUAAGAUAUUAACGAUGAUGGCGAUUGAUUGGGAAAAAUGUUCUAGCACAAAAUUCAGUAUAUUCGCGACAUACAAUGCUAAACUGUCGGAGCGCUUCGUUAACAUGACGGUGAUUCUUUAUUCGAUAGCUGCAAUUCUUACUGGCACCAAGAUCUUUAUAAAACACAUGGAUAGCGGCAAUGCUUCCAAUGUUUCCACACGAUUGCUCAUUGUAGAGAUGGAUCUGCCAUUUGAUACUAACCAAAGAUUCGUAUAUGAAUCUGUCAUAAUUAUCCAAUUUUUUCAUUUAUUCCUGUGUUCCAACGUUAUGGGUGUAUUUAAUGCUUUACUCAUAAAUCUGAUAUUGCAUAUAGGCGGUCAAAUCGAUAUUCUGCGUGAGAGUUUGAUAGGAAUUAUUCCGAAGAAAGACAGGGAUAGCUCGAAUCAUUUUACGAUUAAAGAAAUAAUAAAAAAACAUCAGAAAAUCAUUACCUUCUCGGAGCAUAUCGAGCAUCUGUAUUCGUAUAUCGCGAUGGUGCUGUUUGUAUCGGAUAUUCUGAUUAUCUGCUGCUUAGGUUCUACAAUUGUCGCGUCAAUAGGUCGACCUGACGUUUUGAAAAAUAUAAUUAGGGUCGUCUUAUUUUACUUCGUCAUGAAUAUGGAAGCAUUCGUAUUUUGCUUUGCUGGAGAAUACUUGAGCGCUAAGAUUAUAAAAACUUCAGGGUCCUAUAUAUCCAUCCUACUUGCGAUGUGUUGAAGCUAUAUUAUAUUUACAUUCAAUUUCUAACUAGCAUUAGCAGUUAUUGUUAAUAGGUAUUGUUUAAUUAUUAGAAAAUUUGCACAUAAAUUAAU